AUGGCAAGCAAAACUACCUUCAAUAACGACGAACCUCUCGCUAGCAUCGACUUUCCUGGCCCCUAUGCUGCAACAUUUUACUUCAACAACGACUUGGCAGAAGAGCCCGACUACCUCCUAUCGAGUGACGGUGGCUACCUGACGGACGAGUCCGAUACAUCUGAAGAAGAAGAGGAACUACCCCCGGAGAGCUACAUGUCAGAGUUUCCGGUUGUGGAGGACAACCCAUGGCCCGCCUUGAGCCCAUCGAGCACCCCUAGCUUGACUUCGUCUAUGCAGACACAGAUAUCCUCGAGUGAUCUUGAACACUCCCCGAAAGAUCAAACCGACACUUCUGAGCUUUCCUUUACUCACGUCGGAUCCGCAAGCUCGGAAAUAGAGGUGAAUACUGACGGGUAUGUCCCGUUCGUCGAACCAUCGGAGGGCGUUGUCGACGACAGGACAAACCAGACUUUUGGAGCGUCAAAAGCCCAAUCAACUACCGAAAAGCGUUCACCAGCACACUUUAUCAAUUUUGUUGACUGGAAGAAUCCGGUACCGUUUGAAGAUUUCGCCAAGCUUAGCCCGCAACACAGGUCCGAGAUCAGGGCAAUCCAUUGGGAUUCGCGACUCUGGUUCAGCACCAUGUUCGAGAGAGGCACUCCAAAGUACUAUCAGGAACUGGCAAGGUGGCGGGCAGCACGUCUCCGUAACAUCGCUGGCGUGCCCAUGGACCAGAAGCAGGCUGACGAGAUCGGUUAUAUCAUGUUCCGAGUGUCUGAGAUUGCGGCUGCGAGAGAGCGAGAAAGACGACGACGAGAGCGACAAGCGGCUGGGCCAAAGUAG